AAUGGAUGUCUCAAAAGACUAGACACCAAUUUAUCAAAGAUGAAAACUUGGCAGUCAAAUAACUUGCUGUCUAUUAACUGUCAAACAAUUCAACGUUGUUUGCGGCACUUUGUUGUAGACAAAAUCCAUUUGGAAAACGCUAAUUUAUAUAAUAAUUUCAUAAUGGCGGUUAACAGUGCCACGUCUUUCGUGUUAUCAUCGAUCCUGUCCCUGUUGAUAUUUUCGGGAAUGCAGAUGUACAAACCGCUUCUGAUAAAGUCACCUAUAACUAUUAUAUUUGGGGGCUACCUUGGAUCUCUGAUGUUCAUGUUCUUCGUUACUGCUAUCGGUAAUUUGGAAUCAACAUUGUUUGGUAAAAACUUCCAAUUGAAGUUACCAGAAAUAGUCCUGUCCAUGGCUAUAUCAUUGAUCGCUGCCGGUAUGGUGCACAGGAUCUGCUUUACUACAUGUUUGAUAUUCUCCUUAGUCACCAUCUACUACAUGAAUAAGUUGUCCCAGAAGACUUAUGUAGCUGCCGCCCCUGUUGCAGCUCCAGUGAAAAGCAGACGUCACAAAUGAAAUGGUGAUAUUAGUAAACACUUGUGAUUUUUUUAUAAUAUGCAAUUAAAUCAUUUUACAAACA